ACCAAAAAAAAAUAUAAAUAAAUAUAACAAAAAUGUUAGUUUUUAGAAGGUUAUACUGCAGCUCUCAGCGGAUCGGUCAUAUAGCCAAGUCACACAAGCCAGGUGACUCACUCAGUAUUCAGGGCUGGAUCAAAAACAUUCGCCGGCUGAAGAACAACACAUUUCUAGACGUUGACGAUGGAUCCACGAGCAGAAGCUUCCAAGUGGUUGUGCCACGGAAUGCAGAAACACAAAGCCUAACAGCGGGCAGCGUCAUCUCGGCGGUGGGACAGAUCCAAGUGGCGCCCAACGGAAACUUUGAGCUGCAUGCAGAUCGCGUGGAAUCGCUGGCCGAAGGACACCUUCAGGAUGGCUAUCCCUUUACGCCCAAGCAGAAACACGCACCGGAAUAUGUCCGAGAGCACCUGCAUCUUCGCUCCCGUGUGGACUAUGUGGCAGCCCAGCUGCGUGUCCGACACAAGGCACAGAAAGCGAUUCAUGACUACAUGGAUGAGCUGGAUUUCGUGCAGAUAAACACUCCGCUGCUAACCACCAACGAUUGCGAGGGUGCCGGCGAGGCUUUUCGAGUGCAACCCGACUCGGAGAAGUUGCUAAAGCAAAUGGCACGGCCCAAGGUUCCGCCAGAGGAGAGUUAUUUCGAUAGCAAAGUCUUUCUGAGCGUCUCGGGACAACUGCAUUUGGAGGCCAUGAGCUAUGGCCUGGGCAACACGUACUGCCUGGCACCCGCCUUUCGUGCCGAGAACUCCAAGUCGCCACUUCAUUUGGCUGAAUUCUACAUGUUUGAGGCGGAGCUGGCGCAUUUGGAUGAGCUGGAGAAGCUGGCGAGAUUCAUUGAGCAGAUGCUAAAGUCCAUAACGAAUCGCCUGCUAGAGACGAGCUCCGAGGAUCUACACUUUUGCCAGCGAAAUGCCAAUGCCAGCUCGGAUCUGCCUUGGCUGAAUGUUCCAUGGAAGAUCAUGAGCUACGACGAGGCGCUCAGCGUGCUGCUGGCCAACAAGGAGAGCUUGAAGACGCCCAUCAGCUUGGACGAGGGUUUCAGCAAGGACCAGGAACUGUUUCUUGUCUCCCACUGUGGCACUCCCGUCUUUGUUGUGGAUUGGCCCACCAAGCAAAAACCUUUCUACAUGAAAAUCAGUCGAACUAAUCCGGAACGUGUGCACGCCCUGGAUCUGCUGGUGCCCGCUGUGGGUGAGCUGUGUGGCGGCAGCCUGCGUGAAAGCGAUGCUGCUACUCUGAGCGCCCAUCCACAGCUGCCCAAGGACUUGGCGUGGUAUGUGGAACUGCGCAAAUACGGAGGCAUACACACAGGCGGCUUUGGCAUGGGCUUUGAGCGUUAUCUGCAGCUCGUGACGGGUGUUAAGAACAUAAGAGAUGUGAUACCCUUUCCCCGCUAUCCACACAGCUGCAAAAUGUGAACCAAUGUGGGUGAAAAAUUUAUUAUUGAAAACUAAA